AUGGACCGAAUUCUACUGGAAAUAGGAUUUAGCUGCCUGGUUGCAGUCCUCAUCGUGAGUUUAAAUAUAAAACAUUCGUUGAAAAAAUGAGAAAAUCUCAAAAUUUCAGAUCGACAAAAUAGUUCAAUGGUUGCGCCCAUCGCCGGUCAACCUCCACGUCGUCUAUUCGGUGGGAACGCAAACGGAAGCGGAGCGCAAGGUGCCACAGCCAAUGGUGGCUCCGCCACCGUCCGAGCAUCCACCAUCAUAUGAAGAUCUUCAUCGAGUUCGCCGGAGCCCGGUUCGAGCAAGGCGCAAUGAGGUGAGCAUUUUUAUAUUUGAAAAUAAAUUGAAUCGAUGUUGACCAUUUUCUCAACGCAAUCAUACAUUUUAUCAAAAAACACCGAAAAAGAAAAAAAAUUGACGACUUUUGGUCAAAAGUUUAUGAGUUUCAGCUCAAAAAACUUCAAAUCUAUCAUAAAUUUCGCAAAUUUUCAGCCUCGAACCGACGAGCGCGGCCGUCAAACACCCCUCAACCACCGCGCCUGCCUCUUCUGCCGCAUGCAAUCCCACGGUCCGCUGGAGUGCCCGACAUACCCAACAGCCGAGCAGCGCGCGAACAUCCUGCGCUCCCGUGGCGCCUGCACCCAAUGCUGCCUCGUCCACCCCCACAACAUUCCUGGGCGAGGUUGCCCCGAGACCCGCCGAAUGUGCGGAACGUGCCGCCCACCACACAUCGAUUGGCUUUGCCCAAAUCGCCGAAAGCCCUCUGGGGUAUGAUUUUUUUGUUGUUCAUGAAUAAAUCUUCAAUUUGUUAAAUAGAUAUUCACUUGAUUUCUUUGAAUCAUUUUAGGUUUACGCGUUGGCAAAUGUGGCCCUCCUGGUUGCCGGAGCAAUCAUUGGAGUUGCUCGAGUGGCGUGGCGUUUUUUGAGAGCGGUGAGUAUAGUUGGACAUCGACUAAAUUUUUUUUUGAAGCAAAUGAGUUAAAAUAUUGGGUUUUAAUCGUAUUCAUAGGAUAGAAAGAUCUAAGACGAACAAAAUGAUAUAAAUUUUGAUGACUUUACGUUAUCCAUAAGUGAUUUAGCGGCUUAUCGACUAAAUAUUGACUAAACAUCGCUAAAUCACUUAUGGAUAACGUAAACUCAUCAAAAUUUAUAUCAUUUUGUUCAUCUUAGACCAUUCUAUCCUAUGAAUACGAUUAAAACCCAAUAAUUCAACUCACUUGCUUAAAAAACCUGAAAAUGUCAUUUAGUCGAUGUUUAACAAUGUUUUUGCGGAAAAGUUGAAAAAUCUGAAUUUUCAGUGCGCGCAGAGCGACCGAAACAACAGCAACAAUGAAGUUGCUGCGGCUGGAGUUGCGCCCGAGGAGCCGCCGGAGAUUCAACACGAGGAGACCCUUCGCAACAAUGAGGAGUAG